AGCUAAUAUGAACCGACCAGCGAGAGUUCAGGUGGAUCCAAGCUCGUUGCCCGAUGAUAGGCCACCACAGACUGGCAAUGUGUUCAACGUAUGGUACUUGAAGUGGUCGGGAGGUGAUGGCAGUAAAAAUUACGAGAAACUGCGCUUUCGAGUCGAUAUCACUCGAGACUCCGGCCGCACCAAAGCCAACAAGUCUUUGACCUCCACCAUAUGUUUGUACUUUGGGCGUGGCUGCUGCUACAGAGGCAAGUCAUGUGACUUUCUCCAUCGGUUGCCGUGUGAAACGGACUAUUUCCCGCCCACCCAGGACUGUUUUGGUAGAGAUAAGACGUUUGCUCAUCGCGAUGACAUGGAUGGCGUGGGAGCUUUGAACAAGAUAAAUGACACCAUCUACGUAAGUGGGUUGCAUCCCGGUGAUCACACCGAGAGUGUGCUCCUGAGGCACUUUCUGGAGUUUGGCAGCAUCGCCAAAAUCAAGGUGUUAUACAAUAAGAGUUGUGCCUUCAUAACAUUUAAGCACGAGUUCGAGGCUCAGUUUGCAAAAGAAGCCAUGCAAUGUCAAUCUUUGGACGAUAAUGAGGUGUUGAUGAUACGAUGGGCAAACGAUGAUCCGGAUCCCACCAGCCAGGUGGAAAAGAAGAGGAAACUCGAGGAGAUCACUGUGAAUACUGUGAAGAACUUGUUAAAUCGUCAGCAGCAGGAGCAUGAAGAAUCAGAGACAGAGGAUCCAGAGAUCGUGGAGCCUGAAGAGCCUGCGAGUCCGGAGCAUGAACCAGGGCAAAAACUACUUGAGCAUUCUAUAUUCAACCAGAACUCAUUGCUGGUGCUAUCCAAGUUGAAAAAGAGAAAAAUGGAUAUGAAACCUAAAGAUCCUCCUAAAACACUUGACUUACUGGGGUACUCCAGUGAUGAGGAAUAGACACUAGUCUUUAAUGGUCUGAUUGCGAUUCACAAGGAAUGCAGGCAAAUUCUUCUUGAGAAACCGUCUCAAAUCAGGAAAGAGUGGCUCAUCACCGUCCUCAAUAAAUGUAUAACUAUUACCCUUGGUACCGGCUCUUCCAGUUCUACCAAUUCUGUGGAUAUACUCGUCCACCCGCUUGGUCAUUUGGUAGUUCACUACUAACGACACAUUUGCAAUGUCAAUUCCUCUUGCAGCCACAUCGGUGGCUACUAGGAUGCGGACUCGCCCAUUUCUGAACUCAUCAAUGGACCUUUCUCUUGCCUGCUGGGACUUAGAUCCGUGAAUGGUGAUAUUCUUGUAGCCUUUUUCUGCCAACGAGUCGGAAAGCUCCUCGACCGUUUUGAUGUAAUUAGCAAAUACAAUAAUCGAGUAUACUU